AUGCCUAUUUUCCAAUAUCUGGACCAUCAACGGUCCAAUGACCUAUGGUCUGAUGACCAAACCUCAAGUCAACAGACUCAACAUCAGGCCAUGCAUCCCUGGGAGAGCUCUCACACUCCCCCUGCCAGAUUCAGUUCUCCCUCUAGGGACCAAUUUGUUCACCCCGAAGGUCCCUCACCAUUUAACGCAGUCGAUGUAAAUGACCGCGGGGAUUCAAUACAGCGUUUCAAAACUGCUAGCGAUCUGAAAGGCACCUAUCAUCGCUCCACGGAUGCUAGCCACGAAUGUACUCCCUACACCCCGGGACCGGAUCCCGCGAGUAGGGAUCAGCUAAUGGAAACAAGUGAUGCGAGUAAUCAGCUUCCUCCAGAUGAUCAGAACGAGCUGGCAUCUCCCGCCGAUAUUGAGCGCCCUCGCUCGGCCUUACACUCCGGAGACUUCCGAGAAGGCAGCUCUCCGGAUCAGAAUCGACAGCAAAUACCACAGACGUCAGUGCCUAGCUUUGCCAACGAUGUACACUGCUCUCCGCUCAGUUCUUCUCCCACCACGCCCUGGUUCAGCACGCCCGCGUUUCAUGCUCCUUUGCGAGGCCAGGGCUCGUCGCAUCAUUCUACGACUCCAACAGCGCGCUCUCGCGCUCCAUCUCUGGGAUCGUUCUCGUCAAGUUAUAUUCUCAAGGCACCCACAAGUCCACUCGUACAUCAAGCCAACAAUACAGAUUUGGACUUUUCGCCUCGACCGGAAUAUGCUGGCUGUAAUAGCUCCUCAGAUAAAGCCAGCCGCCGCCGGACACUUCCUCCAGAGACUUUCCGGGACAUGCAACUACCUAAUAGCCCCCUUGUGCGAGGGGCACAUUUUCAACCCGACUCCUCGGUGAGAAGAUGGAAUGAGGCUAUGGCGCAUCAGUCCCAGCCACCCAGACGGUCUUUGACCUCGGGCUAUAGCCUUCAACUCGCCUCGUCCGUUCAGACACCGAGUCCUAGAUUCAGACGGCCCUCUAUUGGCUCUGAAAUCUCGUCCAGAGCUUUGGCGCCCAUGGUAGGCUCUUACGAGGAGUCGAUUCUCCGAGGGAGGAUGUCGACGAACCCCUCGAAACCGCUAGACUUCACCGCGCAGAUAGGAGUUCUGGGUAAAGGCAAAUGUAAAGGCAGCCUUAAGUGCCCGCCCCAUGUCACGAUUCCGUUUCCUGCUGUGUUCUACAGUUAUCCCACCUCAGGAUGUGGACGUUCUAUUGCGGACGAUAGUCCGAGCCCAUAUGUGGGCAUGAUUGAUCUUGAUAAUUCCCUUCCUAAGGACACUUCCAGCGAUAGUCGGCGCCGCAAACGUCAUCAAAGCCCUGGGGGCAUGCACAAUGACCAGCACACUCGAACCCCACUGGAAUCAAGGUCGAAUGAUCUAGAAAACCUACGUAAAAUGGAGAAACGGCAAAGGAGGGCCGAGUCGCCUAAAUCUCCGCCGGGCGGAUGUUAUCGAAUCCCACAGCAAGGCCAAUUACAGGUCAUGAUAAAGAACCCGAAUAAGACUGCCGUCAAGCUAUUCCUGGUUCCCUAUGACCUUAGUGAUAUGGAACCGGGGACGAAGACGUUCAUUCGUCAACGAAGCUACUCCGCGGGACCUAUAAUCGAUAUGCCACUGAGCGCGCGGAAGAACUACGGGACUGAUCGUCCUGAGGCGUCUUUGAAUCCCUCGGAAGAUCCAAAAGAUAAGCCGAUUCUCCGUUACUUGAUUCACUUGAACUUAUGCUGCCCUUCCAAGGGCCGUUUCUACUUGCAUUCAAGUAUCCGUGUGGUCUUUGCCAACCGAGUUCCCGACGGUAAGGAAAAGCUACGGAAUGAGAUCCAACUUCCUUACCCCCGCUAUUCUCCCUACAAGGUCUCGCGAGAAGCCCACCAUGCGCACUCGAGUGCCGUAGGAGAGAAGCGGCCUCGGAAGCCAACCCCUGGUCAUCUUACGAUCCCCGAGCUGAACAGCUUCGAGGACAUGUCUUCCCCGGUAUGCUCCUCCCAUUUUCAAUGCAGUCCGUUCACACGGCACAUAUCAUCAACUCGAGAGCAAACCACUAUUCGCAGCGACGAGAACUACAAUGUGCGCGACUCAUCGCCACAUCCUUUACGGCCUCAACCGCCAUUCAAGCGGCACGUCAGCCCGUCACCUUACGCAGAUUCAGCUGAUCUGCGUCACGCUAAAGGUGGGCUGUACAGCAAGCUCCAUAAGGGCGACAACGGCUACGGUGGAUAUCCGUCCAGUUUCGCCGGCGGAACUGAAGCCGGCGACAGUCUCCUUGCUCAGAGACUGAGGAGUCUGGACGUACACAAACAUAAGUACCCUCAUCAGCACUGA